UCAAUUCCUUAUAUCUCUUCUCGCUUUUUCGCUGUUCGCAGAUAUUUCGCGUUAUUAAAAAAUUUCAAUCACGACUCUACAUAUUUAUCACAUUUAACUUAGCGCGCUUUUGUUCAAUGAUAUAAAAAAUAUCUGAACAAAAAUUAAUCACAAGAAAUGAAAAUGUUACACCCUCCGGUGCUCUCCCGCCCUAUUUCUUACCAUAAUCCCAAUUUCAACCCUAAUUUUAAUUCACACCAGCAGCCUUCUUCUUCCUCUCGCCUUUUCGUAGGCGAUAUCAAGAAUGCUGAGAAAGGCGAUCUAGAACUGGCCUUUUCCCCAUUUGGGACAAUCAAAGAGAUUUGGAUGGCCCAUAACCCUCCGGGGUUUGCCUUCGUGGAGUUCGCCGAUCGGCAGUAUGCUCUCGCCGCCGUCGAGAAAAUGAAUGGCGUUUUGGUCAAGGGGGACAAACUUCGAGUCGAGUUUUCCAAAGGCCGCAAGAACGGAGGUCUGGGUCGACCUCCCACUCGCAAUAUGCCCGCUGCUAAUAAUGGAUCUAUUUCAUAUGCAGCUCCACCACCUUCGCACUAUCAUCAACACCCUGAGCCACCUCAUCCCAGAAACGCACCUCCACCUCCAUUAGUUCCUCCUUUAUACAGUCUGCAGCCACCUCCACCUUAUCGUCCACCCCCUCAUCAGUCAAUUUAUAAUGGACCGCCUCCGCGUUCUUCAUAUUCCUCCACACUUGGAAGAUCGUCGCAAUAUGGGUCUUCUGCCCACGUGGUUGAUAACCAUAUUGACAAAAUUCAAGACUCAUUUUCUCCCCACAAUAGGACGCUUUUACCCCCUCCUGGAUAUUACGUUCAACCGCCACAUACACCUAUGCCAGGACCUUAUCAAGGCCACGCUAUUUACAGGCCACCACCAUCUUUGUCUACCAUCCCCGCCAAUAACUCCACGCCCUUUUAUUCCAAGCCCUAUCCUCCCGGCACUCAAUCCGAUCAUCAUCAUCCACUGCACUUUAAUGCCGACGCUUCUAUUCCUCCUAAGAGCACCUCUCUCGCCGAUCAUCACCGUCAACAGAAAUACGAACCUUUUAUCGACGAUCGUUAUAAAGCGGAAUUUCUCUACGAACGCGACCGAGAUCGAAGAGAUAUUCAGCAUCGUUUUUACCAUGAGCCUAUCCCACGGGAUGCACCGCCCCCAUUCCUCGAUCCUCUUGAAGCAGCAGGACAUGUUGGCCGUUCAACCUCCCCUCAUCGCGCUCAUUAUUAUAUGUCCCCUCGCCGUCGUUCUUCGCCACCAACCGACAUGUACUAUCAUCGGUACUACCACAACGCGGAAGCCGGUCACAUUGAACGUUACGAUUGUAAGCCCCGUCGACCUUAUUCACCGGGGUACUCCAGCCCACCCCCUCGCGAAGACUAUGAAAGGUACUUGCGGUCUCUAUAUCCGCCGCCCCCACCAGUGGUCCGUUCUCCCUCUCGCUCCAAUAGUGCUUCACCCCCAUAUCGGUCGGAAUAUCGUCGUGGACCCAUGGCGACUUCGCCAUUAGCCCAAAAACUUAAGAGCAACCCUCGCGACGCUAGACGUCCCUCUCCAACCUCGACUAACAAUCGUCGGGGCGCAGAAAAAGGUGCUGCAUAUGCGGGUAGUGUGGACGAGUCCGCUUCGCGUAAUUCACGUCAUCACGCUAAUUACUCCGCAAAAUCUGGGCGCGAGGCUCAUCCUUCAGCUCGAAGAUAAAUUUUUGGAAAGUUUAUUAUGUCGCAUAUCUUACUAUUAAUGUUAAAUUUAUUGAAUAAUAUUUAGUACAACCCUCGCUAUACAUUUUACAAUAUUUAUUAUAUUCUGUAAAGCGCUUAGAAUUUUCAUUAAUUAUUAUCUUAUUUAGUCUCAAACGUAGAUAUCAUCUGGCUAAAAUCAAAUGCCGUCGGGCUAACAUGUUUGUUAUAUACAUUAAGUAUAUAUUUUAAAAUUUUCGGAAAAUAUAUUACAAUUUUAUCUGUUUAUAUUAUAUAUUCAUUAUUAGCAAGAUUAUAUGUAGGUUAUAUAGUUCGGUUAUAUAAUUAUGUUUUAGAAUAUUACCGCUCGCUUUUUAUAUUUUAUUUUUUUACAAUUUUUAAUACUUACCUUUAAAUCAUUUUGAUUUAUAAUUUUUUUUGAACCAUUUGAUUGCAUAUUUUACAUUUAACCAUAGAAUAUACUAUACAUAUUUUUUUAGUACGUAUAUAUAAAAUAGUAAUUUUUCGCCAAAAUUUAAAGAAGGAUAGCAGUAUUUUUCCAUGGCACCAACAAACCAUCACAGUGUGUUUAUAUAAUUACGUUAAUUUUCGCGAGGUUUAAUCUUUAAAUUGUUCUAUAUAUAUUUUUUACAAUACACCAAAUUAGUUACUUUUUAUUAAUGAAAAUAAAUCACGCCACAUAUAUGCA